UGGUAUGGUGUUUUACCUUUGGGGACUAUCCAAUUGGUUCCAUUGUGUCAGGACAAAUGAAAUCAAGCAUUUACUCACCUGCAAGUAUGUGACAUAAUGUGUUUCUGCCUUUUGUCCCUUUGUGUAUUCUGGUUCUCUCUCUCUGACCUCUGACUGCUUCAAAACACAUAUCUCGUUUAGGGGCCAAAAGUCCUCCAUGUAUUUAAUCUCAACAUUCCCUUAAGGGCUCUAGACGGCCUACGGAAACAGAGGGGCAGAGCUUCGUAUCCGGUCCAUGUAUUUAAUCUCAACAUUCCCUUAAGGGCUCUAGACGGCCUACGGAAACAGAGGGGCAGAGCUUCGUAUCCGGUCCAUGUAUUUAAUCUCCACUGCUUUAAGGGCUCUAGACGGCCUACGGAAACAGAGGGGCAGAGCAUCGUAUCCGGUCCGAAAACGCAGCGGGACAAUGAACUCAAACUACGCUCCGUUUCCAUCAUAGGCCCUUUAGAGCCCGGAGGUUACUAUGAGACAGGGCUGACCUUCUGAUUGGAGUUAUCAUGAGAGAGGGGGAGGAGAAAUCGUUAUAUUGACGUUGGUCUUCUAUCUGGAGGACAGAGAGGAUGGAGGAGAGAGGACGCAGGAGCUCCAGCUAUGGGACACGGCGGGCCAGGAGCGUUUCAGGAAGUCCAUGGUCCAGCAGUACUAUCGGAACGUUCAUGCUGUUCUCUUCAUCUACGACGUCACCAGACCAGACAGCUUCAGAGGCCUGUCAGCCUGGAUAGAGGAGUGUAGACAGUACUCACUGGGACAGGAGAUAACCAGGUUCCUCGUGGGCAACAAGAGCGACCUCCGUGACACCUGCAGCUGUGACCCCCGCUCCAUCAAGGUCGAAGGUCAGGUGACACGGGAUCAGGCCCAGAAGUUUGCAGUUGCCCACGGGAUGAUUCUGUUUGAAACGUCUGCUAAAAGCCUCCCUGGAGGAGGAGGAGGAGAACCAGGAGGGGGGCAUCAGGACAGCGUGGAGGAUGUGUUCAUGGCCCUGGCCUCCAGGCUGAAGAGACAGACCAGACCCCCUCCCCCGGUUCUCAACAACACAGGAGUGUCUGGGUCCUAUUGUGGGUCCUAUACAGGGACAUCUUCUUUCAGACUGCCAGCCAAGAAGAACCCUCAGAAAGACUUCUGGACAUGCACCUGUUGAGAGAGGCAGGGUGAGAAGAGGAAUGGAACAUGGGAUGGAGGGAGGGGGAACAGGGGAAUUUAGGGUGCCCACCAAGAACACAGAGAAAGACUUCUGGACAUAUACCGGA